UCCCCGUGCGCCCAGUGCCGUUUCCGCCCGGCCUGGGGAGAAGCCGCCGCUGCUGCUGCCAGGGGGAGGGGCUGGCGCCGCGGCCGCCGCCGAGGGCUUGCUCCCGCCGGCUGCCCAGGAGACGCCGUGGCGCUGAGCCGGGCCUAGUGCCGCGCGGGGGCCCGGGGAACGGGCCGGCCAGGUUUCCCCAUGUCCGUGACGUGUUGGCCGAGGCUCUGCGGCUCCUCUCCGCCCUCGGAGCGGCCAGUCGCUGCCCUCUGGACUCCGUGAUCCCCGACGGGCGUCAUGAGCAUUGCAAUCCCUCUGGGAGUCACCACACCAGAUACGUCCUACUCCGACAUGGCUGCAGGAUCGGACCCAGAGUCUGUGGAAGCUAGUCCAGCUGUCAGUGAGAAGAAUGUGUACGCCAGCCACGGCUAUGGGGCCACCCAGAAACACAGCUAUCGCGGGCUGCCUUACGCAGAUCAUAAUUAUGGAGCCCCUCCUCCUCCAACACCGCCAGCCUCUCCUCCUGUCCAGACCAUUAUACCUCGUGCAGAACUGAACGGCCUGCACUCACCUGAUGAGGAGAACUCCGGGGACAGUGAGAGCUCCUCAGAAGGAGAAUCAAUUCCCACUUGGUGCCACUGCAGUGUCUCCCAAGAUGGUUUCCUCCUCAAGUGUGAAAAGUGCAGAGGAAUGAGCAGGGGGAAGGUGAUCAGACUCCGCCGCCGGAAGCAGGACAACGUGUCAGGUGGGGACAGCAGUGCAACUGAGAGCUGGGAUGAAGAACUAUCUCCCUCUACAGUGCUGUACACAGCUACGCAGCACACCCCUACAAGCAUCACAUUGACUGUCAACCGUGUUCGUAGAAGCAAACCUAAGAAGAGGAAGAGGAGUACAGAAAAAGCUCGCGCUGCUCCAAAGGCCAAAAAGAUCAAGGCCUUUCGAGAGGGCUCCCGAAAGUCUCUGAGGAUGAAGAAUUCCCCUUCUGAAGCACAUGCCUUGGAUGAAAACACAGCUGAAGGGUGGGAGAAUCGAAUACGACUCUGGACAGAUCAGUACGAAGAAGCCUUUACUAACCAGUACAGUGCUGAUGUACAGAAUUUGUUGGAGCGUCAUCUAAACUCUAAUAAAGAAUACAUGGGGAAAACGGCUAUGCUAGACACAAUCAACAAAACAGAGUUGGCCUGCAAUAAUACUGUUAUUGGGUCCCAGAUGCAGCUGCAGCUGGGAAGGGUGACUCGUGUUCAGAAGCACCGGAAGAUCCUGAGGGCAGCAAGAGACUUGGCACUAGAUACCCUCAUAAUUGAGUAUCGAGGGAAGGUUAUGUUACGACAGCAAUUCGAGGUCAAUGGGCAUUUCUUCAAAAAGCCAUAUCCCUUUGUGCUGUUCUACUCCAAGUUCAAUGGCGUUGAAAUGUGUGUUGAUGCCCGCACCUUUGGUAAUGAUGCCAGGUUCAUCAGGCGUUCCUGCACUCCAAAUGCAGAGGUUCGUCAUGUGAUUGCUGAUGGGAUGAUCCACCUGUGUAUCUAUGCUGUUGCCACCAUUGCCAAGGACACAGAGGUUACCAUCGCCUUUGACUAUGAGUACAACAUCUGCAACUAUAAAGUGGACUGUGCGUGUCACAAGGGGAACCGGAAUUGCCCUGUGCAGAAACGUAGCCCAAAUGCUGCAGAACACCUACCUCCACCUGUUUUAGGCACACUGAUUGGGGCAGAAACACGCCGGCGAAAAGCCCGUCGAAAGGAACUGGAAAUGGAACAGCAGGGCAUUGCAUCAGAUGAGAACAGCAGUCAACAAACGGAGGAAGUUCCUGAGGGACCUGCAGCAGUCAGUGACAAUGAGGUGGCAGAGAAGGAGGAGAAACAAGAAGGGGAGAAGGAGGAGCCUGUAGAUGAACAGGGAGCCUUGAUCCACAGCCGCCGGUCCCGGGAAGACAGGAAGGUAGAAGCCAUCAUGCACAUGUUUGAAAACUUGGAAAAGAGAAAGAGGAGACGAGAGCAACCAUCAGACCGUAACAGCACUGAUGCUGAAAUCAGCACCAAUUCUGAAGCUCCUGAGCUGGAGGAAAUAAAAACAGAGACUCCUGAAACUGAAGAUGGAAGUUCAGCACUGAGUGCUGCUGCUCCAAAUGUUUCUAACAGUAACAGCAAUACUGGGGUGAACACACGACGGUCUUCACAAGUAGUGGAUGCUGUCCCCGAAAAAACAGUUACUAAGCCAGCUCCAGCCAAACCCUCCAGACCCCGACCGAAAAGUCGCUUCUCUCGAUACCGGACCAGUUCAGCACAAAGACUGAGAAGGCAGAAACAAGCCAGUUCCCAGCAAGCUGAACUCGCACAGGCUGUCCCAGAGGAAGGAAGCACUGCCAGCUUGGUAACCACAACAGAUGUCAGCAAUGUAGAAGGUCCAGGAGAAGGCAGACAGUUGAUGGGAUCUGACCCAACUGCUAUCCUGGCUGCAGGAUCUCAGUCUAAUCGAGCUGCAGUAAAGUACCCCAAAACUAAAAAGUAUCUUGUUACAGAAUGGCUGAAUGACAAGGCAGAAAAGCAGGAGUGCCCUAUUGAAUGCCCUCUGCGCAUUACUACAGACCCAACAGUUUUGGCAACUACCUUAAAUAUGUUGCCAGGUCUCAUCCACUCUCCGCUGAUUUGUACCACACCUAAACACUACAUUCGUUUUGGUUCACCUUUCAAUCCUGAGAGACGUCGAAGGCCCUUUCUGUUAGAUGGAAUUUACAGUUCCUGUAAAAAGCGCUGGAUCAAACAAGCCCUGGAAGAGGGGAUGACUCAGACCUCACCAGCUCCGCAAGAGAACAGAACCCAGUGUCUAUACCAAAGUAACGAGAACAGCAGUUCUUCCAGCAUCUGCAAAGAUGACACAGACUUGCUGAGUCCCCUGAAGAAAUGGAAGUCUCGCUACUUGAUGGAGCAGAAUGUUAAGAAGUUGCUGAGGCCGCUGUCUCCCGUCACCCCUCCACCUCCCAUCCCUUUGGUUCCUGGCUCAGUGAGCCCACAGCUGGCUACACCCUGCUCAUCACUGCCAGGAGAGGAGGAGAGUCGCAAUGGUUAUGGCAUGAUGUUCUCACCAAUUCCUUCUCUGGCUGCUAGUCGCUGCAAUACUCCACUACAGUUUGAGAACGUAUCCUCCCCUGAGAGUUCCCCUGCGCAUAGGCCUGAGUCCAUGUCACCUGAGCUCUGCCUCCGAUCCGACCUGGAUUUGAAGGGUGGGUACCUGGAUUCCAGUGCAAACACCUGCCCAGAACGGCCAUCGCUGCUCAGCUUUGGAUCCUCUGAUCUGGCUCCACAACCCUCCAUAAACUCUACUUCAGAGAUGAACUUCCCAGGGAAAAGUGGGGAAGCACAGAUGCUGCUACGAAGCUCUGAUCAGGCUUUUCGGACAGAGUUUAAUUUAAUGUAUGCCUUCUCCCCAUUGAACGCUAUGCCACGUGUAGAUGGGUUGUUGCGGGGAUCUGCUCCUUUGGGAGAGAGGAAGCCAAUGAAUUCGGAAGUAGGAUGCUGCAGCUCUCCUGCUGAAGGAUAUUUCAGCAGACACGAGUCAGGGCUGCUUAAAGAGACAGUGCAUGGAUCCAUGUCUCCCUGCAGUGAGAGGGCUUGUGAAGGCGUCAGAUCUGCUCCCCAGAAUCCACCACAAAGGAAGAAGGUAUCUCUACUAGAAUACCGCAAGCGGAAACAAGAAGCCAAGGAGGGAGGCGAUUCAAUGCGAUGUACAGGGACUCCUACCCGACAGGGCAGCAGCAGUUCUGUGACUGACACAGAUGGCAACAGCCUGCCGGGUUCUGUAGUACGAACCCCAUCCUCCCCACAAAGUGGCUUCUCCCCUUCUCAUCCCUCCCUGCCUCAUGUAGAGGACAUCAGCCCACCAGACUCGAGGGGGGCUAGUUCCUCAACAUCACUCAGCAAAUCCCAGGAGAACAUCAGCAGUAGGUGGAUGGUCCCAACAUCGGUGGAGAGGCUUCGAGAGGGCCGAGGCAUACUUGAGAAGGUGCUGCGAAGUGGUGCAAAGGUAUCCCAGAGAAAUGAAUCCUCACCUACCUGUGACAGUGCUGUUGAGAGAGAUGCAGACACAGCAGGAGACGACACUCCAGAAGCCCACAAAGGACCAGGACCAGCAGUUUACAGUCCUUCUCGAUACAGCUACCAGCUCCUGCAGUCUGAGAGUCCCCAGGCAGAAUCGCAGACCCUUCUCCAGCAGAGUUCCUCCCCCUACAGAGGACACCUUACUCCAUCUCCUGGAUACAGCUAUCGAGCAGCAGCACAGAGGACAGGACAUAGCCUCUCUCAUGGUUCCUCGGAAACAUCCUUCUCCUCCACCUCGUACUCCAGCCCUGCCCACUCGGUCUCCACAGACUCCUCUGCCCUGUUUGCAGGGAAUUCGGGGUAUUACAGCAGCCAGCAGCACUCUGGCAGCGGCAGCCUCCUGAAGAAGAGCUGCCCUGCUGCUGCCAGCCCAGCCCAGCAGACAGCUGUGGACUCUCUUUCCUCUGAGUCGGGCUCCCAGCCCUGCACAGGUGCGUCGGGCUCCACCUCCGCUCCCCAAAGUGCUAGGUCACUACAGUCAGACUUGCGGACUAUCAGUCUACCGAAUUCUGGUCAGUCUGUUCUCUACCAGGGCUCCCGGGGGGCAGUGAUUUCUAAUGCACAACACUAUCCACACCGUGGGGGAAGCAGUGUCCAUCAGUACAGACUUCAGCAGCUUCAAGGUUCUGGAGUAAAGACUCAAACAGGACUUUCCUAGGGCUGCCUGGUCUCCAGGAGGACAAAACUGCCCAUAGCUUCUUCCAGUCACCUCUGGAAGUGGCUCCUGGGCCAGUGUUGGGAGCUUGCACCCAAUGCUGGGGUGCCAGGGGUCAGAGGCUGAGGUCUGAAACGCACGGGUGAGAUUUGUGAGCAGUAUUGGCCUCUGGCCUUGUAGGAGAACGCAGAUUUCUCUGAGGCAGAGACUGUAGCAAAGCUGUUCCCUGAUGCGUGGGUACAUUGCAAAAAAAAAAAAAAAAACAAAAAACAAAAAAACAAACAAAAAAAAAACAACAAAAAAAAAGCAAAUGGUUCAAGUGCAAUGACUGUGGUGCAGCCUCUGUCUCUUGUCCGUGCCCAUGGCCAUAGUCACUCAUGCAGUACGGACAUCUUUUUGAAUACGAAAGCAGUUUAAAGAAAACAUUGGGGGUUGAACUCCAAUCCCAAAGCUCUCUUUAUAGGUCAGGUUCUCAGUGCGUUCUGGGGAGGGCUUUAAUCCGUUACGAUCAUUCCAGUCACAAGCAGAUGAGCGCACAUGGCUGCCUUUGGGCCUGGGUCAUGACUGCCGUGGUCGGAGCUUUUUCCAGGGCAACAGAGUCUCUGCAAAUGUGAACUAGCACAGGGAGGGGGUUGGAGUGUGUGUGCCUGACGCUGCAAAGGAUCUGGGAUGCACUGUCACAUGCUGCUCUGACGGGGCGCGAUCACCGCGUCCGUCGCAGGUCUGUGAACGGGAGCAGUGCUGGGGCGGUGCUGCCACAUGCCACCGUGCCCGGGGAGGGGGUCUCUGGCUGCCGGUGCGCAGACACGCUGGGGGGUGACCGGGGGGCCUAGUAAGUAAAGUGACGCUGUGGCGUGCGGGGGGCUGCAGAGAGGCGGUGGUUAGGUGUUUGGUGGGGACCCCGGUCUGUGCUGAGCCAGAGGCUCUCAGUGCGGGAUGUCUUGUCUUUGCAGCCGCUGUGUCGGCUGUUAAGAAGAAAAUUAACUCUAUCCCAGCUGAAACCAGGACACGCUGUCACCCACCAAGCGUGGCAGCAGAGCCAGCCCAGACACAGUGCGCUGUCUGUUCAAUUCCAUACGAUUGCCAGCUUCUUUCUCACUUGUUUACUGUAAUAUCGGGCGUGUUUUUAUUUAUCUAAUUUUAUAUUCAGUUAUAACCAUAGUAGGUUAGCUAAUAUACGACAGGUGUCAUCCCUGGUGCUGCAGUGGAACUUCUCCUUUCUCUUGGAUAACAUAAUGCUGUGAGUCUGUCUCCCCUGUCUUUUCAGAUGCACAGUCUUCUUCCUUUUUUUAGGACUGUUACAGGUUUCUCUAAUUCACAAUUGAAAUCAGGUGUUUGUUCAACCUAGGGGAGACUUUUAAAAUAUUGAAACAAAGAGUAAUUUUCUCACACUGUCUGGCUGUGAGCGUGUUGGGAUGGAACUUGUCACCCCGCAGUUGGGUGUCUGUAUACUGUAUAAAAUAGGUGUAAACUUCACUCGGCUUAGCCCUGGGGGUGCAGACCUCCCCUUUCGUGCUCUGAACAGCACGGGGGCAGGCGGGCUCUGCCCUGCCAGGUGGCGGGAGGGGGCCGGGGGGGCUCUGCCUAGAGGCUCUGGCACCUUCGGGCACAGCAGGGGGGCUGGAGGGAGGGACCCUGGAAAGCUCUUGGAAAGGUGGGGGCUGUAGCUUCUUACUCUAGUGGAGUUUUUACACCAUGCUGUAACAUUUGAACUUUCACAAGAGAUGUAAUAAUUUUGAUAAUAAAAAUACUUAACUUGAAA